AUGAACAAGAACUCGAUCAGCACUGACCAGGAGCUGCGUCAGGGGGAGUACCUCACCAGUGAAAAUGGCAACUUCAAAGCUGUCUUCCAGGAUGAUGGCAACUUUGUCAUCUAUACCUGGUCCCCCAUUUGGGCAUCAAAUACCUAUGGCAAAAACCCAUUUCGAAUCCUUCUGCAACAGGAUAACAACCUGGUUAUGUACAACAAAGAAGAUAAACCUCUGUGGGCGUCUGGCACCUACUCAAACCAAUGCUCUACUAGAUUGCGCCUGACGAUGUAUAAUGAGGGUCAACUGGUUCUUGACCAAAAUGGAAAGAGAAUUUGGAGUGUUGGAAAAUAG